AUGGCUAUCAACGACGAUUUUCUAUCUGUGCAAUAUGCCCAGAAGGAUCUGAGGGGAGCCAGUAAGCUGCCUUUGUCAGCACUACGAAUAUCGCCGAUUCCAACGGCUCAGGAUAGGGAAAGCCGGCUGGAGAGACCUGCGGUUUCGGCAAGGAACAAAAGAGCAAGAAAAAGAAACACCCUAGCUGCUACGAGGCGCCUGGCUGGCCCUGGUUUUCAAUUUGACGUGGACGUUGACGAAAACACUAUACAAAGUACCCCCGAGACGUUGGUGACGGACCACGAUCUUGAUGACGAAGUCGUACAUAAGCCCGCCGAAGAGGAAAACACCACUGUGAAACGGCUAGCGGGGUUUCUAUUAGAAAGCGGCAGAGCCAUGAAUGUCAGAUACAACGUCGUGGACCCUCUAGACGAUAAGAAAGAGACGGGGCCUGGUGCCUCCAACAAGAAGCAGUUGCAGAUAUCCCGAACAACAAAGAAUAGGAAGGAAACCGUCAUGGGCGUGCUUUCUUUGAAGUACCACUGGUUGGCCAAAUGUCAGGAAGAUUACAAUUCUGAUGAUAUCAAGUACCCAGGUGUGGAGGGAGUCUAUAAUCCGUUACAAAUCAUACGAAACCGGGCCAUUCGGGCCAAGUACCACGAGCCGGCACCUCCGCUACGCUAUGCUAAUCUUCCUUUAGCGUGCAAUGUUUUCAGCUCCCACAAGAAGGCAGGUGGGAAGCCAUGGAGGAUGUUGUGGGGCAUCGAACUCAAUGAAUUAGUCAAUGACGAAGCAUGGCGAUCCCUGCAUUGGAAGGAGCUCCGGAACCCAAAAGGUGGACUCUGGUUCUCUGAUUCACAUCCAGCGCCACGUUCUGUCAUUUCAUUCGAUACUCCUUCGAAGCCACCACGUUCCAGCCGUUUGCAUGAUAAGCUUUGGGGCGACGUCGACACAGAGGACCGCUCCAGUAGCCGGUCCAAGUCUCCAUCUACAAAAAGUAUCGGGAAAAAUAUCAAGGAGAAAGCCAAGCGACUUUAUGGUAACGCCAGCAGUACAGGCGACUCUAAUUCUGAUGUUGACUCGUCGAGUAACGAGCCGGUCAAGUCCUCUGAGAGCCUUCUGAAGCUAAAACAAAGCAGCAAAUCUGAUAGCGAUUCUAAUAUCGGGCAUAUUUUUCAAAUCCCUCGAAAUCUUGAAAGCUCCGGUUCAUCGGAAGCACAAAGAUCACAGCCUGAGUUACCUACAAUCAGGAUUGACACAAAUUCGGUUUCAAAAGAUGACAUCAGUUCAAAGCAUGAAACUCUGCAUCUCGAGGAAUCUAACGGCAAUAGAUCCAAGAUGAACCUUGACGAAGUUCAAAUUACUCCUCUACAUGCCAGGUCACAUCUGAGCAGUGCUCACGUUGUCACUAGCACGGAAUCUUCAAAAUCCCCCGAAGUUGACUCCAAAGAACUCAAAUUAAUGGACGCAUUUGCUCAUGGGCGUUCGUUAGAGCUGCAAUUGAUACUCAGCGAAAGCUUCAUGAACUCCGUGUUUCCGCGUCUCGUUGAGACAACGUCCAUGAAGCUAAAUCACAUUCUCAACAAGGACAUAAAUGUCCUUCUUCACGAUAUUGUUCUGGUCAAUGACAAUCAACUUCCGGCACACGAAUCAUUCUACACUGGCUUCUUAAGUGAGUGUAAGUCUCUCAUGCAUGUCAUCAAUGACGAAUACGCUGUGAAAAUUGACCACCUUCUUAGUGCAACUGAUCGUUCCAUUGGUGAAAUAAACACCUCUCUAUCCCUCGACAUGAAGAAGGUCAAUGAAAACCUCGAUAGAGUGAACCAAUCCCUUUUCGGAAGCAUCGUCCCAACAUCUGUUAGUGAUCGUGAUGUAACUUUCACUGACGGCGGUAACUACAAGAUACUCUAUUUCGUGUUAGAGAACGCUAUUGUGGUCUUGUUGAGACUAACUUGGUUUGUGGUGAACAUUUACAAGUUCAUUCUUGCCAUUCUCAAAAUCAUUUGGAAGCUCACCUCCCUAUUAUUCGGCGUUUAA